GGCCAAUCGAUGAAACGACAUUUAAUGUUGAGGGCGGAGAUUUACAGAAGGCCCUCCUCCAGUUUGCCCUACAAACUGAAAGACCAGUCAAGCUUCCCGUAGGAUCAAGCAUCCCCGCCCCAUAUUUCCGGCUUCAAUGGAGACCGGAGAAAUUUGCCACUGGCCCAACCCAUCAUCAUUGGGGAGGAGAGCAAACAAAACAAACCGGUUGCAAUGGUUCAAUCCAGAAGAAAAAAACGCCCGGAAAAUACAGGACCAUGGGCUGACAGGCCGAGAGCCCUUGGUCUUUUUGCCUGCCCCGUUCUCCAAUGAACCCCCGACGGGAAAAGCUCACCUAAAACAAUGCGAGCAGAUGACACUGGCCCGUAGGCAGAAACGACUGUGUCGCCGCGAGCCGGGUUUGGCGGAGACGCUGCGUGAAUCAGUGCGCCUCAGCCUCUUGGAGUGCCGCUAUCAAUUCCGGAACGAGCGCUGGAACUGUAGCUUGGACGGCCGCGGGAGUCUUCUGAAAAGAGGCUUCAAGGAGACGGCCUUUCUUCUUGCGGUGUCUUCAGCGGCAUUGUCCCACGCACUAGCAAAAGCUUGCAGCUCAGGCCGAAUGGAGAGGUGCACGUGCGAUGACUCCCCAGGAAUACAGCAUCGCGAGGCAUGGCAGUGGGGGGUCUGCGGUGACAACUUGAAAUACAGCACCAAAUUUCUCAAGAAGUUCUUGGGCCAGAAGAGGGUCAGCAAAGACCUGAGGGCGCAGAUCGACUCCCACAACAUUAACGUUGGAAUCCGAGCAGUGAAGAGUGGCCUGAAGACUACCUGUAAGUGUCACGGCGUCUCCGGUUCCUGUGCCGUGCGGACCUGCUGGAAGCAGCUGUCCCCGUUCCACGACACCGGGCGGCUGCUCAAGUUCCGCUACGACACGGCCGUGCGUGUGCUGAGUGUUACCAACGAGGCCACCGGGGAGACAGAGCUGGCGGGGCCGCGUCGCCACGGCCAGAGCCACCGGUCCACUGACCUGGUGUUCCUGGAGGACUCCCCCAGCUUCUGCAGGCCGUCACGCUAUUCUCCCGGCACGGCCGGACGCUCCUGUGCCAAGGACACCAGCUGCCAGAGCCUUUGCUGCGGGCGCGGCUACAACACGGCCAUGCACCUCACCACCCUCUCCUGCCACUGUCAGGUGCGCUGGUGCUGCCAUGUAGAGUGCCAAACCUGUGUCAGGGAGGAGGAAGUGUACACCUGCAAAAAUACCUGAAAAGGGGGAGAGAGAGAGAAAGAUGGGGUGAGGAAAACGGCAACACACUGAGAGAACAUUCAAAAUGGCAGGGCUAGAACCACUCAGACAUUACUCUUGAUAAAUUGAAGGGUUUGACUUUUAAACAUACCCUUACCUGCCUGUUCUGAACUGAUAACUGUUUUGGGAAGCAUGGGAAUGGAACAAGGUCAUAAUGUUGUUGGUAGUUUGCCACUUGUUGGAAUCGAACAUGCGCUGUCUCCUCAGAGGAGGCAGUAUCAAGACCACGUUCUGCUUUGCUCUUACUGAAUGCACUGACAUCACAGACCUUAAGUGAGAAGGAGAGAGGGUUGCCUUGCUGGACAGUUAUGGGCAGGGAAUGGGCUCUUCACAAGGUACUGGAAUGAACAGGUCACCAUCAUUAUUUGGCAGCAUCAUCUCCGUGGGAGUGCUGACAGUUCCAUUGGUCCUGUCCUCUUGUCGGUCUGUUCCUUAGUCAGUUUGUCUAACUGCUACUAUGCUGUAGUGCUUAUAUCAAGAUUUAGAGCAUUUCCAAAGCGCCAGUAAAUGCCAAAAAGGAAUCUAGAGCCUCUUGACUUCUGUCUCUGUCUGCCUGGAUGUCUCAUUUGCUGUUUGCUGGUCUCUUUAUUUGCUGUGAGAGCAGUCUAAGGGUUCAUUCAAUAAAUGAAGCACUUAUGUUGGC